AUGGAUACUUUUGCGGCCCGCCUAGCUAGUUUCGAUAUAGUGCUGAAGCCGGAGAAGCGCAGAUCUUCUGGCACAAAAGCACCCAAAGCGAUUACAUGGCCGCAUCGGCGACCUUCACCAGCUGAGUUGGCACAUGCUGGGUUCUACUACAAACCAUACGAGACAAAUCCCGACAACACGACAUGUUUCGAGUGCCAUCGGGCGUUGGAUGGCUGGGAGGAGGACGAUAACCCCGUCACAGAGCAUCUUAAGCAUGCGCCCGACUGCGGAUGGGCUAUCAUGAUGGACCUCCAACAGAGCAGCUCUAACCCUGCUACGAUUGAAGACCCUACGGGCGACCGGAUUACACAAGCCAGACUGGCAACGUUUGGUACGACAUGGCCCCAUGACGGGAAAAAGGGCUGGAUAUGCCAGUCAGAGAAGAUGGUUGAAGGCGGAUGGUAUUUCUGUCCUACAGACGAGAGCAAUGACCUAGCCAGUUGUGUCUAUUGCAAGUUGUCUUUGGAUGGCUGGGAGCCUAAGGACGACCCAUUCGACGAACACUAUCGCCGCUCCUCAGAUUGUUCGUUCUUUUUCUUCGCCCAACCGCCAGGAAAAAAGAGCAAAUCCGCCCGUGCUAAGAAACCUCGAGUUUCUAAGGCGUCCUCCCGGCUUUCAUCCCAAUCCGUUGGCCCAGCUACAUCUGAAGCGCCCGAUAUAGAAAUGGACGAAUCGAUGGACCAGAGCAUCAUGUCUCAGGCCACCACGAAGUCCAAAACUACCAAGAAGGGACCCAAGAGCAAAUCAAAGGGCGCCAAGACCAAGAAGGAAGAAUCAGUGGAGGUAGAAGGCCAGAUUGAGGCCGACGUUGAAGAAGUGGCCCAACCAGAGCCCGUCAAACCCAAACGCGCAGGCAGAGGGAAGAAGAGGGCCAGCGAGGAUACCAAGGAUGAACCCAAUCCAGUUGCCAUAGAGGAAAGAGAGCCCUCGCAGCCGCUAGCAGAACCCCCAGCGAAGAGACGUGCUACAAAAACACGGAGCAGCAGCAUUGCUCGCAACUACAAUUACGAACAAAGUGACUCCGCCAUGGCGGAUGCAGAGCCAGUGGAUGACGCGGCUUCUGAAGCAGAAACCAAUAGAGGUCGCAAACCCACCAAAAAGAGAGCGUCCAAGGCUCGCAAGGUGUCCGAUGUGCCUGUUGCAUCCAAAGUCACGUCAAAGGCGCGAGUCCCUCGUGACUCGGAGAUCGACGCAGAAAUUGAAGCAGGCCUGGAAGCAGAUAUCCCAGAACCUGCCGAACCCGAGCCUCAGAUUGAGGCUGAACCAGAAGAGCCACGGGCAGCGAAGAAAAAGAAAUCGAGCAAAAAGUCCAAGGCUGUGGCUAAAUCCCCCGAACCGAUCCCACAAGAUACGGCAGAGGAUGUUAGUGAUCACGGGGACUGUCCAGACCCUCAGGUGAAGCCGGUUCAUGACGAACCGGAGGCACCUGAGCCGCCAGCCCCAAAGACUAGGCCGGCAAAAGGAUCCAAGAAAAAGGGGACAAAGAAGACCAGUACUGAAGAGACGAUAAAAGCAGAGUCGCCAGAGCCUCGAGAAUCUUUACGGCCCAGGGCCCCCGAUGUUCGGGAUGAUUCCGAACGACAAGACUCCUUCAUUUCUGUUGAGAUUGUUACCAAGGACCCGGAGAAUGCAUCGGAACCUGAAGAACCAAUGGCGGAGGUUGAACCGAAGAAGAUUUCCAAGAAGAAGGAUGCUACAUCAACCAAAGAGAAAAAGCCAAAGAAAUCCGAGAAAAAGACAAAGCAAGCUCCUGUUCCUGAACCCCUAGUUGAAGCAACCCACAUCGAACCGUCGGUCGAAGAAUAUGAUGAUGAAUUCGAGACUGCAGACGAUUUGCCUGACCAGCUUGAGAUGGUCAACCCUCCCCAGAAGCCUUCUGCCCUCCCACAAGCAAUGUCUGCUGAGCGGCAAUCCCACCGGGAGACGCCCAGUCUACCGCCAAAGACCGCCAAACGCUAUAGCGAUAUCCCCCUCGAAGAGCAUCUUGCAGAGACCCUAGUCCAAAGCCAGACCUCACCGGAUGAAAUGCAUGACUCUAGGCGGAAUUCAAAACGCUCUACCCGGGCAGUUUCACCACUUCCGCCAGUCCAACAAGCUCACCAAAAUACUCCCUCGCCAUCACCCCAGUCAUCAGAUGCCGAAAACCGGCCUCCAUCAUCCCGGCCCUCAGCAUCCCGUCCACCUGUUCAAUCAACACCCAAGCAUCCCGAGUUCCGAGCCCCUUUGGCAGCUAGUACCCCAUCACCAUCCAAGCGCAACGCCAAUGGUGGAUUCGGACCUUCCGGACAUCCAUGGACACCGGUGGAUAUUGAUGAAGUACUGUUUGGAGAGGCCAGUGACAAGGAAAACGCAGAUUUAUCUGGACUUUUCAAAGGCGUGAAAGGCGGCUUGACUAGCCCAGAGAAGAAGAUGACGGUUCAAGAAUGGAUCGUAUGGAAUGCAAAGAAUGGCGAAGAACGGCUGAAGAGAGAAUGCGAGCGACUUGUCGGUCAAUUCGAGAAGGAAGGUGGCCGAGCAAUGCAGCGACUCGAAGCUAUCGAGUGCAUCGACUAA